AUGUUCUGCAGGUGCUGCUGCGAAGCAGAGCCACGGCCCCAACUGGAGAAGGUCGUUGCGCACCAGACACUCAACGUUGACAACGCCGGGAGCACCCUCGAACUCCCUCAUGUCCUCAAGUUGGGGCUUUCUCCAGUCAGGGAGGAGCCGGGGCAGGAGACGCCACAGAGUCGGAGUGGUGGUUGGGAGUACAGCACGGCCCGAGUUCAUUACACCCUCGGCUCCCAGCUUGGCCUUAUGCUGGAUGUUUCAAACCCGGAGUGCUGCUUGGUGAAGGGCAUCAAUCCGGAGGGGCUGCUGGCCAAGUGUGCCACAUAUCCUCCCGGCAAGGUAAUCAGCCAAUGGAUGCGCCUUUGGGCAGUGAACGGAAUGCGAGGCAGCAGCGAGGACCUUGUGGGCAAGAUCGAAGAGAUCUAUUGCCUCGACGGCCUGCUGGAUCUGACUUUCGAGCACCCUCGCGGAUUCUCCUUCGAUCUUGCCAAGCAUGGCAACAGCGACCUUGGAAUGGAGCUGAAAGCGCACGACACCUCGGUAGGCAUCAGCAGCAUCACUGGCGGCGGCAUCGUUGCGGAGUACAACGCGAGCGUGUCGGAGGACCGGCGCAUAGGCCUCUCCUCUCGAAUCAUAGCCGUAGAUGGCUCCAGUGCCGGUGGCGGCAAGCGGAUGAGGGAGAGCCUCUGCUGA